UUAAACGCAUCUACGGUAGACAGCAUGGAUAUUAAUGAACCUAAUAUUAAUACAAUCUUUGAGAAGGUAUUAAAACCACGAUGGAUUUUGCAACCUAAUGAAAUUCAGAAGUUCAAGAUUCGAUAUCAACCUGAAGAAGUUGGAACUCACCGACAAACAUAUGGACUAUCUAUCCUUGAUGGCAAUGAAAUUACUUAUGAUAUCAAUGUUUCUGUCGUCGCGGAUGUCCCAAGAUUAGACAUGAACCCUAAUACUAUUUUUUCAAAAAUCAAAAAAACAAAGGUAAACAAUAUAAUUGAUCCCACAUACUUUUCUGAUGUUGAUAUCUUCGACUUCGGAUCAUUACUGGUGUAUGAAAAGGAUAAAAGUGCUCAUCGUCGUGAAGCAAAAUUAAAGUUUUGCAAUGUAUCCAAAGUUGACGUAGAAGUGUCCUUCACUCUCCAAGAAAAUAAUCCAGAUAUUUUCAUUAUAGAACCAGAGAAAUUUUAUAUUCAGGCUGGCCAGUGUGAAUUGCUAAAAAUAUCAGCAGGUGUUACAAAGCUUGGUUCAUUUACUGAUAAGUUAUACAUAUGUAUCACAAAUAAUCCGCAUAUUGAGAGUAUCGAGCUUCAAUGUAAUGGUUCGAAGUUGGACAUAGAGUUUGAGGACAAACAGUUAUCUUUUGGUCACGUACUCUUGUAUAGAAAAAACUUUCUUACUUCCUGUAUCCGAAACAGAUCCCCAAUCGAAAUAUUCUGGCAAUUGGAGCCUAAUGAACCACUAGAUCCUCAAAUCUCUAUUACACCGACUAAAGGAAUAAUCAAGACUUACAGUGAUAAAACAGUCGAAUUUUGUUAUUACGCCAACAAAAUCAGGAUGAUCGAAGGAAGCUUGACUUUCAAAGCUUUCUUUUACGAAGACGACACGGAACCUAUCUUUAUAGAAACUAUCACUUUAUCUGGCGAAACGUAUGACGUUGCUGUUAACAUCAAUUAUGCAAAUCCAAUUGAUUUAAAGUGCGUGAAGGUUGGUUUUCCUACAAGCGCAAAUUUUACAAUAAGCAAUCAAGGAAAUCACGAAGUUAAAUAUGCCAUACUUUUGGAAAAGCAAAACAAACUAGCAAAAAUCGCGCCGAAUUUGUCACUAAAAUUAAACGAGGACAUAGAAAUUAAUCCUGCUUCUGGUUCCAUUCAACCAAAAAAAGAAGUUAUUGUACAAGUAACGCCUAUCAAACAUCCAUUCAUUGAGUAUAUGACAGAAAUUAGGACAGAAAGCGUAAUUAAAAAGGAUCAUGACAAAUCGACAGAUACGUCAACGAGAAAAGAUAAAUCGCAAAUAAAAAAAUCAGAUGACAGAAAUACACAAGAAUUUAUUUCUAUGUUAAAAAUUGGUCCCUUUACUGUGACAAAAACCGAAGGAGACCUUCAGCCUGGAGAGAUCGAUACCGUGGCAAUCGAGUGUUAUCCUGAAUUCGUAGGUUCUGAAGAAGAAGACAUAAUAAUUCUCGUUCCUGAUAGCGUUCCUGAAGAUAGGAAUGGCAAAUUGAUAAAACUAUCCGUUAAUUCCUGCAUACCGAGCGUCGAUCUUCAAGAUCUCGACACUAUAUUCCAUGAAAAUCACAUUGUGAAUCGCAUUGAAGACUUUAUUUGUUCAAAAGAAAUCGGUACACAUACCAUAUUCGCACGUCAAGAGAAAUGCCUGUACUUUCGUUACGUCAGCGUGUUUCACACCCAUACGGCGUAUCUUGUGCUUUACAAUCGGAAUGUAAUACCUGCCGACGUGGAAUUGACCUUACUUGCGGAUUCAUUUACACCGAAGACUAUGAGAUCUGACACUUUCGUUCUGAUACCCGAAAGAGAACGCAUUCAACCAAUGAGUCACAAGAGAUUCGCGAUUUCAUUCAAUCCGACAUUUAUAGAGACGUGCUAUGCAAUCUUCGAUAUAGCAGUCGAACUUCCCCCACAUUUGAAGGAUGAAAAAUUUUCCGUUAAAUUAGUAGGACAAGCUUGCGUGCCAGAAGUGAUAAUCAUCGAACCACCGAGUACAAAACGAGAACGAACUAUUUUAAAUUUUGGUCGUACGCUCGUAGGUGAUUCUAAUGGAAAAAAAUUUGCUUUUAAAAAUAUCGGUGUGAUACCAGCUAAAGUGAUUAUCGAAAUUAUCGAGGAUCCAUAUUUUCAUUUCACUCUCAACAUUUGCGAGGGUACAAGAAACUUGUCAAGUGGUUGGUACUAUAAAAUUAAUCGUCAAGUGUCAAACGAUCGAUGUAUCGUAGUUUGUUUAAUACCUGAGGAAACGGUUUCUCUCGAAGUAAAAUUUACUCCGCGAGAGAUCGGCAAAUACAAAAGUCAAGUGCGACUAUUUAUUACUGAUAAUCCCUAUGAGAAUCUAACAAUUGAUUUGAAGAGCGAAACGUAUGCAGAAUUAAUUGUGUUAAGUGGAUUAGAGCUCGCGAAUGCAAAGCUUAAUUCUAUCAAUGAAAGAAGGGAAUCUAACGCAAAAUCGCGAAGAUCGUCAAAAUCAAAUAGUACAAGAGUUUCAACACCAACAAUACUCCCGAUUUCAUUGAUCUAUAAGCUGGAUUAUGGAUACUGCUUUGUCAAUAAAAUAUACAGGAAGAACUUCAAAGUUGUUAAUAAAUCAGUAAAUCAAUAUUUACGUUUUCAAUGGAGCGCACAUCCCAACGUUGUAUUUACUCCGUCAAUCGGUCAUCUGAGACCUUUAACUUGUAAAGAAAUCGUUGCGACAUUCCUUUCUUCGGAGCCAACAAUUUACAUUGACACGCGUCUCGAAUGUACAGUCUAUGCAAUUGAACUCGCCAAUCUCGUGAAAGAAUCAUCCUGGGACGAUCGAGAGACAGAGGUGCGGUGGAUAACAAUAAAUUCUGAUGCCAAGGACCGAAAUGCGAAAAUAGCUAAAAAAACAAUUGAGCCUGUUAACGAGCCGAAACAUGAAAUCGUUCCUGGUACGACGAAGUGUAUCCAAGUGUUGCUUAACGCCAUUAUAGCAUUCUCCAAAUAUUCUUGCUCCGUUAAAGAGAUCAAUUUCAAGAACACGCUAAUGUUUCAGAAUCUUAUCGAGGUGAAACCAACUGCUCGCCACGGUGGUCCAUCCGAUCUCUUCAGCAGCAGUGCUGGAUUGACGGAACGAAGUAGCGAUAGCUGGUUAGAGAGCAAUGAUCUACCAUUUGGAAUUUAUCCCGAGAAGGGGAUUUUACCCCCGGAUGAAUCCGUGGAAUGUGUCUUACUGUUCUCCCCUAUGGACGUGUUCGAUUACAAAGCGUAUCUUGCGUGCAAAAUGGAGAAUCUCGAUCCGGAACUGCCAGAGUUGAUUAUUCCCAUCGUGGGAAGAAGUUUGUUGCCAUAUUGCCACUUCGACAUACCGGAAAGCGACUAUCUGUCCGAUGAUAGACGCGACAUGAAACUGCCUGGACCCAUCGGUUACCAAUCGGAUGAUAAUUCUCUUCCGGAGGGCACGAGAGUGAUUGUGCUCGACGUGAUCGGAAUCGGCGGGUCUCACAUAAAAAAAUUCCGAAUGAUAAAUCCGACAUCAGAUGAUUAUCAUUUCAUCUGGGAAGAUCGUACUCGUCACGUCGAAGACGAGAUUCCAAAAUUUCAUUGUGCACUUCCGGAAGGAAUCGCUGAGCGAGGAAAACAAGUGGACUUCACGUUUACGUUCUUCGCGGAGAAUAUCGGCACUUUCGAAUCCUUUUGGUUGUUCCAUGUCGAAAAAUACAAUCUGGACUGUCUCUUUCUAUUCGUCGCGACGGUCAGAGAACCAUCGGUUUGCUGUUCCCGUGUCCAUUUAAAAAUGAGACCAACCGUAAUGGGUGUCAAUGUGCGAGAAUCAAUAAACGUAAUCAAUAAAGAGGAAUUUCAGAUUCCCUUUCAGAUCGCGCGAGAUUCUUUGUAUUCUGAAGGACGUCUUCAAUAUUUGAAAAUAAUGCCUAUAAGUGGCAUUUUGCUUGCAAAAAGCGAACAAAUAUUUUGGAUCGAAUAUCAGCCUACACUUGUUGGUGAAUUUCAAUUUUCUGUAAAAUGCAUUAUAAAGAAAAUGAAGGCACCAUUGACUAUAUUUGUUACGACGACAACAUACGAUGUUAUUGUUUCGGUUACAUAUGUUGAUCAGAACGGCCAGAUAGUGCAACUAAAUCAGGAUAAAGAGAAUAUUAUCGACUGUGGAAAGUUAUUGUUAAAAGCGCCCGUUACUAUCGUCUUUGAAAUAAUAAACUCGAGCAAAAUGACGCUUUAUUAUUCUUGGGAUCUCGGAAUGAUAUCAGAAAUAGUCAGCAGAAAUAUGUACACGAUUGCAAUGCCUCAAAAGCAAGAUCAUGUGCUUAACGAGUCGCGUUCCAUCUGUUCUCUCAUUGUUACAGCAUUACAAAAGACGGUGAUAAAGAAUCAUCCCAUUCUCUUGAAGAUUUCCAGAGGGCCGACCUACCAACUAAUCUUAAAAGCGACUGCGAAUAAACCAAUUCUGGAGUUUAGUUUUAAUUAUUACAACUUUGGACCUUGCUACGUUCGAAAUGUUUCUGCGGCUUCUUAUCACGUCGAUUUACGCAUCACGAAUUCAGAUGAUAUUUCGUACAUACUGGAGUGCAAGUUUGAAGAGAAACCACACAUCUCUGUAAAUCUGGACGCUCUUUCAGAGACAAUAGUCGCUCGAUCAAGUAUUGUCAUUCCGAUAAUAUUUCGACCUUUAGAACAGGUGCAUUAUCGCGAUGAUUUACAUUUUAUAAUCAAUUCGACGAUCGAAAAAAAGAUUACUAUAACCGGCGAAGGAAUCAUAUAUAAGAUUCGUUUAGUAAAUCCACGCGAUAAAUCGGUGGAUCUUGGUAAUCUACCGAUUAACAAAACGAUAAGCAGAAAGGUGCCAGUGAUCAAUGAUGGACGUGCUGCGCUCGAAUUAAAGUUCGAUCUCAUGAAGAAUCUAUCUGGAUAUGAUUUAUUCCACGAAAGAAUUCAUUGUCCGUUGAUCGAUCAGGAGAACUCUAAAGUGGAUCGCACUCGAGCAUCGAUAACUGAAACGAAACGUUCGAAUACCCUUGACGAAACUCUUCAGACAGACGAGGCUAAUCUGUCUCAAGUUCUGAAGAUCGAGCCGGCAGAAUCGAUCGUACUUCAGCCAGGGAAGAUCGCGAAUGUUGUUGUAAAGUACAAACCUAUUCGCAGGAUACAUCCUUUUGUCAUUAAGGUGGCCUUCCAAACUAAUUCUACGAUCCAACCGUUAUUUAUCUUGCGCGGAAGCUGUAUAGGCGCGGAAUUCCGUUUGAACAAGACUUAUGUGCCUUUCGGCAUCGUUGUUCGAGGUUGUCUCAGCGAAACAAAGAUAAUGCUAUUGAAUACGGGAGAUAUUGGUGCCAGAUUCAAGUGGAACAUGUUGAAAUUGCCUGAAGACUUUAACAUAGCUCCUGCAACUGGCUAUUGCUCUCCUGGCAUGGACGUCAACUUCGUUAUCAGUUUCCAACCCACUCGGCAUGAUAGUUUGAUCGAGGGCAAUGCAACGCUUGAAAUUGAAAAAUAUAGAGAUCUCGGCUUAAGAAUUACUGGAGCUAGCUGCAAACUGCCUGAUCCGAUCGACACUCUGUUCUUCUCGUGUCGCGUUCGCGAAAAAAUAAUGAGGUCUCUGAACGUUGAAAAUGAUAUUGUAACUUGGAAAUUGAAACCGGAGAUUACCGGCGAAUAUUUUUUCGUCGACAAGGUCUCGUAUGAUCCUUCGAAAAAAUCUGCUACCUGUACAAUCGCCUAUGUCCCUCUAGUCAUGAAUUGCGAAAGCAAUCUUCACGAAGGUACGUUGCUUCUAAAACUGCCAGAUGACAAAGCUCCUUUAGUGUACUGUCUUCGAGGACUUAGUCUACCUCCACAAGUUCUCCAAAGGAUUACGCGUCAAUUCCCGGCAAAGACAAAAUACACUGAAUUGUUACCUGUUUACAAUUGGCUCAGUAGGCAACAACGAUUCGAAUGCCAAAUUGAGAAUAUAAAUGGCAAAGACCCCGUCGAGACUGUCAAAAUGUUCACUUUUGUCGGCAACACCAAGAUAGACGUUCCAGCAAACGGCCAACGAGAUUAUCGCGCAGAGUUCUAUUCCUACAAAGAAUCAAAAUAUAAUUUUAAAAUAACAUUCACUAACGAAGAGAACGAAUAUCAAUUUUACGAACUCCAGUAUGAUAUUACAAGACCACAAGAGAUAGAAUCGAUCAAACUGAUCACUGUGGUACGAUCUCCAGUGUGUCAUGCUUUAGAACUUGAUAAUCCACUUAAGAAGCAGGACAUAAUAUAUACGGCAAAAUGUCAACAUCCCUGCAUCACAAUCCACGACGUACCAAAGCUCGUGGCACCAUUAUGCAGCGAAAUUAUCAGAAUCGAGUACCGCCCUUUACAUCCCGCCGAGGAAACUACGGUAGCCUUGGACGUCAACUGCGAGGAGCUCGGAUUGUUUCCCUACGAGCUGCGAUUGCGAGCGAUACCAGCAUCGCCGGAGAAAACGACGCGCGUUGACGCGGUGCUCGGCAGUUCCGUCACCUUUUCCCUGAAUGUAACCAAUCACGCCGAGAACACUGCAAUAUUCAUUAUCAAGGUGAAUAAUGAAUGCUUUACGACUCCGAAGAACAUCGAGGUGCCGGCGUUGAGAAGUGCAUCAUUCGAUGUAACUUACGAACCUUGCGACGUCGAAAAUGUCUCUGCUACUAUGACAGCCACAUCCGAGAUUGCCGGCGAAUUUGUAAAGAUAGUGACCAGGUUCCACCCCAUCCACGGUGAGAACAUCCUUCUGUGCGAGGACAGUACGGUCGCGGUACGAACUACGAGCUUUGCCAAUUCGGUGGCCUUCAGCGAAAAGCCGUUGCAGCCAGGGGAGAUCUUCCUCGUAGAGAUCGAGAAGACGGAGAGAGGAUGGAGCGGACACAUGAGACUGGGUCUUACUUUGAUCGAUCCGGCUUCGGUCAAUAACAACCUGCCUCAAUAUGCGAUGCCCAAUCUGGUUAGAUUAGGCAACACAUGGAUCCUCGCUAUAACUAGGAAUCAAACUAUCUGGGACAAUUUUGACGGUGGUUUAUCUUCCACAUACACCUCUAUCACAGGACUACCACCGGGAAUACCAGCCAGAGAGAAGAAAUUGGUCACAGAUGGAGUCAACGUGCAAACGUCACGCGGUGUUAUUCCUUUCAAUGCUCUAAAACCAAAUAUAGAUGGUUCUUCCCAAUGCAUCCUGCCCACGGAUGCGGGCAGUCGUAUUGGUAUCAUGUACGUGCCGCAGGCCGGUUGUCCCGAUAAAGCAGAAAUGCAUUUCAUCAUCAAUGGUGAGGAUCAGGGCGUGUGCGGCAAGGAUAUUCCUUAUAAAGCAGGACCUUUGCGCGCAGUAGUGGAUGUCUAUGGUACCACGAAACAAGUUCGAAUCGUUCAACUGUAUGGAGUAUCAACACUACAGAGUGCAUGCCGUGACGCUAUAUUGCAAUACACCAAGAGAAAUGCAGUCAAUUUGCUCCCUUUGCCGAGACUAUUGAAGGACUAUCUCUUAUAUCAAUCACAGUGAGAAUCAACUCAUUCCGCUUUUGCAUAUGUUAGGAAACAUUACCUGUCAAUUUCUAUAUCUUUUCCCAGUGAUAUCUUCAGUGUUUAUAUAUGCGUAAUAUAUAUGUUCUAUUCAUUAUUGAAAACUGCCGAAUCAUGUCGAUUCAAAGCGUUGGUACGAAUGUUAUUCGUUUCUAUAAACAUAUCUUUUCGAAAUGUAUACGAUAGAAAUUAUUGACUAUGUUUAAUAAUGAAGAAUUCUUUUUACUCGCGCGUUUUGAAGAUUUUUCUGGGGCAGAAACGCUAAAUCAUAACGUGUAUAUAGUGUAACGAAAUGUUGAUCGCUGCAAAAUCAAAAAAUUCAGCGAGAUCAUAUUAAAAGUUUAAAUAUACAUAACUAUUAUUUGAAAAUGACCAUAUAUGGGGCAUAACAACGCCAUAUGUAAAAGUUAGAUAUAUUUUCGGGCAGUUACUUUCAUUUUUCUUAUAUUUCCUUAUUUCUCUAUUUAUUAUGAGAUAUGUAGAUUAAGUUGCAAUUGGCACUGUUGUUAAACAAACAAAAACGAACAAUGUUAGUAUAAGUGUCCAAAGCAAACCUGUUUUACAAAAUAAAGGUAUUUAUAAGAAGGAAACAGAAAACCACGUUGAUAUCAGA